AUGUCGGAGGUUGCCUCGGGGCUGGCCAGGCGGGCGUACUGGUUGUGUGCUAAGCGUGGCUGCAACGCUUGGAACUGGUGUGACAAGCGUUGGUCGUGCAAGGUGUGUGGCACCAGUGCUCCCCCAUGGACGAAGGAGUACCGUACCGACAAGGGCCCCCCGAGAGUGGACGCUGACGGGUUCGUACAGCAACCCAGGGGAAGGGCCGAGCAGCGGGCAGCGAGGCGCUCGGCCUCCCAGCGGGCCCUCUCUGGGAGCACCGCGCCCAGCAGCACCCCCAACAGCAGGGCACGGCAUGUGCGACCUCGGGGAGAGGCCAAGUCCCAGUUCGAGGAGCUGCAGGCGCAGCUCGUGGCGGCCAGGGAGCGCGUCGACAAGCUCCAGGGGGCCUUGGCGCUCGGGCUCUCGGCGGACUUCCAGCGUGAGGCGGAGAGCGCCCUCCAGCUGGGCAAGGACCAGGUCGCCGCCCUUGAGCUGGCCGUCCAGGAAGCCCAGCGGACGGGGCGCCCACCUCACUCGGUGCUCCACAUCGAGGCCAACGCCAUUCAGAAGGUCGAGCGCCAGCUGGCCGCGGCACGCACCAAGAAGGAGAAGCUCCAGCUGCAGGCGUCCGAGCUGCGCGAACUCAUCGCGGAGAAGCAGGGGCAGCUGUCGGCAGCCGAGUUGGGAGUGGAUGAGGUCGCGGGGCAGAUUGCCGAGCUGGAGGAUACCAGAGCCAAGGUCACGCAGCAGGCGAUCCAGCGGGCCAACGCGGCCGUCGGAGGUGUUCCGAGCCCGCUUGGGGACGCAGUCCAAGGGCUGCUCACUCAGGUUGGCGCCCUUUCGGAUCUCCUCAAGCAGCACGGGUCGGAGCUGCCCCCUAGGUUCUCCGAGAUCGUCGGGAUUCUCAACACGCAGAAGGAGGCGGUCGCCGAGGUGCUCAGGCCCCGCAGCAGCUCGGUCAGGGCGCGUUGGGGCGACAGCGUCGGGGACGAUGGCCUCUCGACCGAGGAUGACGACAUGCCGCUUGACAUCGUGGCCUCUGGGGGGCCCGCGGCCGCCCCGCCCGCUGCAGCCCCGCAGACAGGGCCUACCGCGGCUGGGCCGCCAGCCCCGCGGGCCAGGUCAGUGGACGGGCCCUACGGCCCUGCAGCGGCCCGCGGCCAGCACGGGGCGACCCUGGGCACAUGGCCUCAGGUGGAGCCGUGCCUCGCUAAGGCCCUCGCUGAGCAAGGGGCGGCCCUCACGGACAGCGACCCCUUGGCGGCGGGCGGCGCCGAGCACCCUUGCCCGAGGGGCGCGGCGUGCCCUGUGUCGGGCGCUGGUCAGCGCGCAGUCCGCGUGGCAGCCGUCAUCGGCAAGGCGCCGAUGGUUGACAGGGCAGGAGGCCGGCAGCUUCGAGCCGGCCUCGUCUUGUUCGGCUGCAACGGCAACACGUGGAACAGGAGUAUUGAGGCCAUUGAGGCCUUCUUCAGGACGUGCAACUACUGGCCCGACGAGGUGGCGCUGCGGGAGACGAGGCUCCCGCAUAAGCGCCUGCCUAGUGCGGCGGCUCAGGCCCGCGGCCUGGGCUACGUGGCCUUCCUCCCCGAGGCAGCGCUGACGGACAAGCAGGGGCCCCAGGCGACCUCAGGCGGCGCGGCGUUCCUGGUGCGAGACGGCUUGCAGGCCGACGAGUCGGCGUUCUCGCUGCCCUCGGCCUUGCGUCACCGCCUCAGCUGUGUGGAGGUCGCCACCGCCUCGGGCCUUCGGUUCCUGGCGCUUUCGGGGUUUUUCCAGCACUCUGUGGGCCCGCGAGGCACCAACCUGGACUUGUUUGCGGCCAUCUCGGAGGUGACGGGCUUCUCUGCCGACAUCCCGUGGGUCCUCCAAGCCGACUUCAACAUGGAGCCUGAGCCCCUCGAGGAGUUGGGUUGGCCGUGGCGGUGCGGGGACACGUCCUGGGGCCCUCGGAGGCGACGUGCCAUGCCGAGGGCUGUGACCACCUCUACGUCUGGUUCGUGGCUUCAGCGGCGUUGGCAGCCAGCGCGGCCUCCUGUGCCACCACGCUCGAGGGCUUCGGUGUGCACCCCCAUCGCCCUGUCCUGCUUCGCCUCCAGGAUGUCUGCUCGCUUCCUGGGCCCGUGUGUGGAGGAGAUCCUCAUCGACUGUGCGUCUACGGUCAGCUGCCUCACGUUGGGCAAGUGGUACGCGUCGGCAGCCAACAAGCCCAAUGCCCAUCUCUGGGAUGGGAUCUACGCUUCGCUGGCCGUGGACACGCUCAAGGUGACCAAGGAUGCAGCCCACCGUACCGCCAGAGGCGUGCUGGAUGGCAAGGUCACGGAAGCCUACCUCCGCGGCAACGGUCAUGCCGACCGCUGGGCCAAGGCAGGUGCUGAGCUGCACCGCGCCAGCGCUGUGGCCAGGCGCGGGUUCUUCGGCACGAUGGAGGUGGUGAGGGAGCUCUCUUGCUGCGUGGCGCAAGGCCCCCUCUUCUGGCAGGGGAUGGCCUUCGCCAGGUGCGGAGACGGCGCAGCCGAGCAGGAGCUGAUGGCGUGCACCCACUGCGGGGCGUACGCGAGGCUUGGCGGGCGCACAGGCGCGGCGCCCAAGCUCAAGGAGUUGUGCCCUGGCUCUGCUGGGCCGCCCAAGGGCAGGCGAGACCAGAAGGCACGUUGCGAUGAGGGCCGCGAAGGCAAGGGUAUGGCCAGCGCCAGGGGUGGCAGGGGACCUGCAAAGUGCAGUCCUGUGUGCGGCCCCGCCCUGGGCACUGGCAGUGGGUCUCUGGGUGCGGCGACGCCUGAGGAGGACCAGCGGCAGCCGCAGCUGGCUUCUGGGGAGGCGGGUCCACGUGCAGCUACGGCUGGUGCCAGGGGUGGCAGGGGACCUGCAGUUUGCGGUCCUGAGUGCGGCCCCGCCCUGAGCACCAGCACCCACCCCGAGCGGCGACGGAGUACGGCCUGGGCCAGGGGUGGCAGGGGACCUGCAAUGUGCGUGCGUGAGUGCGGCCCCGCCCUGAGCCCAGGAAGCGACGCGGACCGCGACGGCAUGUGCAUGGCCAGCACCAGGGGUGGCAGGGGACCUGCAUGUGCCGACCGUGUGUGCGGCCCUGCCCUGAGUGCUAGCCGUGUUGCGGUGGCUCGGCCUGAGCCAGCGCAGCCGAGGCGCAGCGUCGCGCCCAGGCUUGAGCUGCAGGUCGCUGGUUGGGCGCGGUACUGGACCCAGGCUCCCGAGGUCGGCGAGACGAUGGAAUGCUACAGCGAGUGGCUAGACCACUGCGUCGGCUACGUCACGCAGAUCCUGUCCCAGCCGCGCUUCGCCACCAGGCUGCGGGCGCGUGGGAGGACGGCCGAGGAGAUGGCCGAGGAGAUCUGCGAGCGGGCCUGGGGGACUGGCACGCCUGCGAGGCGGGCCUACUACAGGUGGCGCCACACGCUGACGCGGUCGCAGAGGAUCGUGGCAGACUGCAUGCGGCGCUACGACUACGUGUGCCUGCGGACGUGGCUGGCCGAGCUGCCGCGG